AUGUUUGUUAAAAGUUUAAUAUUCACUGUUUUCAUUUUACUGAUCGAUGGCAUAUUUUCCAAAAGUGUCGAACUAACUUUUGAGUUACCAGACAGCGCCGAAGAAUGUUUCUAUCAAGACAUUGAAAAGGAUACCUCGGCUUCAUUAGAAUACCAGGUUAUCACUGGGGGCCAAUAUGAUGUUGAUGUUAAAAUAGAGGGUCCUAAUAAACAAAUAAUUUACCAACAACAGAAGAUGCAAUAUGAUUCCCACCAAUUUACUGCACAAUAUACAGGUGUAUAUAAGGUAUGUUUCAGUAAUGAGUUUAGCACAUUUUCUCAUAAACUUGUCUACAUGGAACUAAAUGUUGGUCCUGAGACACCUCUGCCAGGAGUUGGUGAUCAUGCAACUGUACUUACACAGCUGGAAACAUCCGCAGAAGAAAUACAUUCAGCUUUAAAUAGGAUUAUUGAUCACCAAACACACCAUAGAUUAAGAGAAGCCCAAGGCCGCAAAAGGGCUGAAGAUUUAAAUGAAAGAGUAUUUUGGUGGUCAAUUGGAGAAACAUUGGCAAUUUUCUGUGUCACAUUUGCUCAAGUAAUGAUCCUCAAAAACUUCUUCAGCGAUCGACCAACAAUAUAUAAAUAG